GAAGGGGUUUGUGCAUAUUAACGUUGGGAGUGGGAGUGGGAGUGGUGUGGAGUUUUAUUCCGAUAUUACUCCGGCGACGGUUUGAUUAUCUCGCGCGCUCCCGUUGCUUCUCGUUUCCCUGAAUACCUUCAGUGUUCAGGGUCAUUAGGGAUUCAAGAAAAAAAAUGUGCAGAGUUAGCCUGUUUUUCCAUUAAUUUGGUAUCCAGAGUUUAAGCGAUGAGUCCAGCAUUUGAAAAUGUACCCCUUUGAAGCCAAUACACAAUCCCAUCGCCUUCAGAAAACAAUACUUUGAGGGGAUUUGGUGGAGGAAGAGAUCAAGUGUCCUCUUGGAAUGCCCUGCUGCCAUUCUCAUAAUAAUAAUAAUAAUAAUCUGAAUGAGAUUGUUAAAAAAUGGCUGUGACCAUUGACCGACAUCAUGGAUUGAAGCCAUUUAGCCGAUCCCAGAGGUGCAAGCUCCAAUCCUACGGUCACCUUGAUCCCAACAUCAUUGAACUUAACCAAACUGGUGGUGGUGCUGCUGCUCUUUCUUCUUCUCAACACUCCUUCGGAUUAGCAUCACUUCAAGCCGAAAACAUUCACCGCAGUUUCUCCACUCCAUGCCUCCCCCUAACCACACUGCUAGGAGGGGAAGCAGACCUCACUUCUUCUUCUUCUCAUCCAAGGGUUGAGAUUGUUCUUGGAAGUGGAGCUCCUCCAGUGAAUGCUCUAGUUGUUGAGGUUGCCAUAGCCAUGGCCUCAGGUGUUCAUCCUAUACCCCUCCCUAGUGGCCUAGGUGGUGCCUAUGUUUUCCGCAACCAAAACGGCAACAACAUUGCCGUAGCAAAGCCAGUGGAUGAAGAGCCUUUAGCCUUGAACAACCCAAAGGGCUUAGGGGGUCAAAUGCUGGGCCAGCCCGGCCUGAAGAAAUCGAUUCGAAUCGGCGAAACUGGUAUCCGAGAGUUAGCCGCUUAUCUUCUUGACCAUGGAGGCCUUGCUGGUGUGCCUCCUACUGUUUUAGUCAAAUUCUCUCAUGCUGCAUUCUUCGGUGCAGCUUCUUCUUGUUCUUCUUCUCACACGCCUAAAAUUGCCUCACUCCAACGCUUUGUUAGUCAUGGUUUUGAUGCAGGAGAAUUAGGCCCUUCUUUCUUCCCAGUUUCUUCUGUACACCAAAUUGGGAUCCUAGACAUUAGGAUUAUGAACCUUGAUAGACAUGCUGGGAAUAUGCUUGUGAUGAAACAUGACCACAACAACAGUGGCUAUGUUGAUGGUGUUGCUGAUCUUGUUCCCAUUGAUCACGGUUUUUGCCUACCUGAGUGGCUUGAUGAUCCUUAUUUCGAGUGGCUGCACUGGCCACAAGCCUCUAUUCCUUUCUCUGAGUAUGAAAUUGACUACAUUUCCAAGCUUGAUCCUUUUAGGGAUGCUGAGGCUUUGAGAAACGAGCUUCCUUCGUCGUUGAGGGAGUCAUCCAUUCGCGUUCUUAUUGUUUGCACCAUCUUGUUGAAGCAAGCUGCCGCUGCUGGCCUUUGUCUUGCUGAAAUAGGGCAAAUGAUGACUAGGAAGUUUUGUGGUGGUGAAGAGUCACGUAGUGAAUUGGAAAACAUUUGCUUCAUGGUCAAGACUAGUGUAGUUCCUCGCGGUGGUGGUGACAACAAUGAUAACUGCAAAGACGAAGAAACUAAUGAUGAUCAAGUAUGUGAUGAAGUUGUUGCUGGUGAUGGCGGCAUUAUUUCUUUGGCUGACCUGAACCAAGGUGAAUGGGAAGCGUUUUUGGAGGUUUUUAGUGAGCUUUUGCAUGGAGUUUUUGAGGCUAAGAGAAGUAGUGCAAAAGCAAAAGUUGGAACAUAUAAUUGAAGUUGCUGAACUUUAGGAAGAUAGGUAACCAAAGCAAGAGAUAAUGAAUCACACUCUCGCUUUGUAACUGUACAUUAAUGCCAAUAUAUAUAUAUAUUCUUAGUGUAGUUUUGUAUAUAUAUAUAUAUAUAUAUAUAUAUACAAGUCCCAUAUGAGAAGAAUGGAAUAGCGAUUGGUUGAUUAGGUGGUAAAGCCAUCCAUUCCAUUCUGCAACUUUGUUUUUUCUUUUUCCUUGAAACCUUUUACCCUUCUUUGUCAACAAAAUAGAGUACCCCUAUCUAAGUGGGUUUUCACCUGUGAUUAUGUAAUUACUUUUGUAUUUUUUUUUGAAUUUUGGUGAUUCAAAUUGUAAUGGGAUGCAUUGUUUAUAUUAAUUCUUCCCAAUAUUAUGUUGCUUUUA